AGAAACAAAGCAAGUUGCCCUUUGUUUUGGUUUCGGAGUUAGGUGUUUUUAUUAUGAUGGCAUUACUUUAAAGCUUGUCUGCCAGCUGAAUAAAAGGAGAACAAAAAUUUGCAAUAGCAAGUCCACAGCGCCUUGGUGUUGUCUCCACCCUGUAACAGGUGUAUCUGCUCCCUCCUCUUGCCCCCACUGAAAUGUGGAAGAAGAAUCAUCUGCAAGCUCAGAUCUCUCUUGUCCAAUAUGUUUUAGGGUAGACAGCAGUAUGAAAUGUUCAGUGUCUCUUUGAAAAGGGCAAUAUCACUGCAAUAUCCUCUGGCUCCUCCUCAGCCACAUCCUUCCCUCUGCAGCAUCUUUCACCCAGGCCUGUAUUUCCUUAGCACCUCUUUGUUCCUGCCCUCAAUAUCUCAUAAGCUGUGUAGAAAUUGGCUGUUUCCAGAGUUUCAGCUGAAGGCUUUGCAGGCAGGGGCUACUUCUUCAUAUGUGGAAUAUUGGACUGACCAGAUCUGGCAGCAGUGACCCCAUGAGUUCUUGGCUGCAGUCAUUUCUGGAUGGAGGAGAAGGAUUUUCAGAUUUGCAGUAGUCCUCCUUGGGUCUGACCAGAGACAAGGAAUGGAUAAUUUAUCUAUUUAUCUGUGCUGAUUUAUCUGUCAGUCACCUCUGUUCUGAAGAUGCCAUGAAUAGUGAGAAGUCUUUUGUUUGAAAGUAACCCAAUAAAUUGAAUUGAGGAUGAGUACCAAAAUGCAUGGCAUGUGAAGAAGGGAGUAAGAGGGUUACAUUGUCCUCAGAACAGAAUUAAGAAACUGCAAAACUGAGAGAAUCUCAUUUUCUGAAGACAUAGAUCUUUGACAGUUUAAGGAAAAGUGAUAAGAACUUUUAAUGUGCCAUCUGCUCCUUGAACCUUCAAGACCAGGUGUAUCACUUUGGACUGAAACUCCUUCUUGCUCAAUGUUCAUUCUCUAACCAGUGGCUGAAAUUUAAACUUUCUUAAAACUCCUCAGAUACCUUCCCUGCUCUGUUUAGAACCAGGUUUCAUGAACAAGAGGUGGCAUCUAUAUUGAGUGGCCCUUCACAUUUUGUUUUUCUGUGAACUUGUCUGAAAAAGCAUCACUUCUUGGAAAACAUCAAGUGCCUAAAUUUUAAUAAAUUUAAAGACCAAAGACCAAUUUUGUCUUGCUUUCAAAUACAUUGGCUUUACUUUCUCUCUAGUUCUUAUUGUGAACUUUGUGUGAGAAACAGAGAUAAUCAGAUUCAAGAUCUCAGCUGUGUUUUAGCCAUCAUUUAAUUUCUGGUGGCCUCUGUGCAACCUUAGUGUCUGGAACUUCCCCUGAGAUGGUUUUUUAAUGCUUUUCAGCAGUUGUGUUUUUUAAGUAUGUUUUCACAAUCUUUACUGCUUUGCUUUCACAAUCCUUACUACUUUUUAAAAGUAGCUUCAGUGUAUCAAAUGGGUGUUAUUAAAUGUAAUUAAAGUGAUUUUAAGUGGUAAUUUUUGGAAAGCUUUUUAAGAUUGCUGAAUAAUCUUGUAGCAGAACCUGUCUUCACAGAACACAUGAUCCUAACAAUGGCCCAUCAUGCUUUGAUUUUACCAUGGAUUGUUUACAAAUGAUUAUGAAGGAGAUUUAAAUGGGGAAAAAACAAUCUCUCACCUUUCUUGAUUUCAUGCUUAAUUUUCACAACAGUGGUGGGUUAUUCCUAUUUGCAUUUCAUGGUUUUAUUUUUAGGAUGUGUCUUGUCUAGUCUUGGCAGACAGACACUGAGUCAACAGGUAAAAUAUGAAGGUUGAACAGUGAGGGAGUUAUUAUCCAAAUGGAGUCUUCUGUUAGAGGUGUCAGCAGAGACAAAGGUGAAUGUAGAGAAUGAAUGGAGUAAGAUGAGAGGAAGAUCAAAUAAUGGGAUAAGAAGUUCAAGCGUGGGAUAAUGGGCGUGAUUAGAAAUUAUUAACAAUGUAAAAAUUUGCAAAACAUGCAAAAGAAUUUCUGUCUGUUCAUUAAAACUCGAUGAGGGAACCACAUAAUAAAACAUUUUUAAAAAAAAAAAAAAUAUAUUGGGUCUUAGAAUAUAGGUUCUGUGGUGUUGGUUUUUCUGACUGUUUCUCUGUUAGUUUUCAGGUUUCUGUCUUCCACAUUGUACAUCAGUGGGAUCUCUGUGCUGGAACAAGAUAAUGUCUUCAACUCAUUGAAGGAAAGGGAAUAUUUGUUCACACUUAUGAUGAUUUGACACAAUUAAUGUCUUAAUAACCAUGAUGGCAACACAGACAUUAAGUAUAGACAACUAUCAAGAUGGACAACAGAUGCAAGUGGUAACAGAGUUAAAAACUGAACAAGAUCCCAACUGCUCUGAAACUGAUGCCGAAGGGGUGAGUCCUGCCCCCGUAGAAUCUCAGACUCCAAUGGAUGCAGACAAGCAGGCCAUUUACAGACACCCACUAUUUCCCUUGUUAGCACUAUUAUUUGAAAAAUGUGAACAAUCUACACAAGGCUCAGAAGGCACAACUUCUGCCAGUUUUGAUGUAGAUAUUGAAAACUUUGUAAGGAAGCAGGAGAAAGAAGGAAAACCUUUUUUCUGUGAAGAUCCAGAAACUGAUAAUUUGAUGGUAAAAGCAAUCCAAGUUCUGCGUAUCCAUCUGCUGGAGCUAGAAAAGGUUAAUGAACUCUGCAAGGAUUUCUGUAGUCGUUACAUUGCCUGCCUGAAGACAAAAAUGAAUAGUGAAACUCUAUUAAGUGGAGAGCCUGGAAGUCCUUAUUCACCUGUGCAAUCUCAGCAAAUUCCAAGUGCCAUUGCAGGCACACUCAGUCCCCAAGGGAUCAUGGUGCCAGCAUCAGCAUUGCAGCAGGGAAAUGUAACUAUGGCAACAGUAGCAGGGGGGACAGUGUAUCAGCCAGUCACUGUGGUCACUCCACAAGGACAAGUGGUGACACAGGCACUGUCACCUGGGACUAUUCGGAUCCAGAACUCUCAGCUCCAGUUGCAAUUAAACCAAGAUCUAGGCAUCUUGCAUCAAGAUGAUGGCUCAUCAAAAAAUAAGAGAGGAGUUCUUCCCAAGCACGCUACAAAUGUGAUGAGAUCUUGGCUUUUCCAGCACAUAGGGCAUCCAUAUCCAACAGAGGAUGAGAAGAAGCAGAUUGCAGCACAAACAAAUCUGACACUACUCCAGGUUAACAACUGGUUUAUCAAUGCUAGAAGACGAAUUCUUCAGCCAAUGCUGGAUUCCAGUUGUUCUGAAACUCCAAAAACAAAGAAGAAAACAGCCCAGAACCGACCGGUCCAGAGGUUCUGGCCUGACUCCAUUGCCUCAGGAGUUGCUCAGCAGCAAUCGAACGAGCUCACGAUGUCAGAUGGUGCUGUCGUGACCAUCACAGCUCCAGUCAACAUGAAUGUAGACAGUCUGCAGUCCUUGUCCUCCGAUGGUGCUACCCUGGCUGUGCAGCAGGUGAUGAUGGCAGGGCAGAGCGAGGAUGAGUCUGUGGACAGCGGUGAAGACGAUGCAGGAGACCUCUCAACAGCAAAUAUCAGUGGGCUGGUCUUGGAUAACAGCGAUUCUCUGCAGUAGGAAGCAAGAGAGCGUGGAGAAAAACACUUAGGAAAAAGAAUGGACUGACUGACUGACUUUUUAUAGUUUGCACAGCAAACAUUUUACACAAGUUUUAUUUCUAAUAUGUUUUAUAUGUAGAUAUAGAAGGGUGCACUUUUUUGUAUUUCAUAGUAAGCUUAAAGAGUGUUUUUGCAGGUGCAGCAACUUCUUUCAAAUGUGUUUUCUUUUUUUCUGUUUCUUUUCCUUAUUUCAGAAAAUUAUAUCUAGUAAUAUAAAGAACCACAUAAGCACCCCUUUGUUCUCUGAAUUGGAAGUGCUGCAGUUUCUGAUGAAUUAUGCAGUUUCAAUUAGUGCUGUUAUUUAACACAGCUUUUGAUGGGCAGGUGAUGUAAAUUUAAAGCAUGUGACACUAGUGUGUGAAACUUGAUUAUUGAGUUAGAUGCAUAUAUUUGAAAGAUGCUUCUGCACCUUAAAAACUGCUAGUCUGAGGUGGACAGCAACACACAUAAAAAGAAACUGUUGAUGUGUGAUUCAGUAGAGAAUGUAUGGCAAUUUAAAUAAGUUUAGUUUCUCUCAUAGUCCGUGAGCCUGUUUAUCAUUUGCUAUAAAAACUCCUAUUUUUACCUUUCUGGGGUUAUUGGAUAAAAAAAAAUAUUUUUAUAAAUUCACUAGAAAUUGGGAUGACAACUGUAUUAAGCAGGAGGAAAAAAAGAAAAAAAGAAAAAAAAAAAAAAAGAAUUUCCAGAGGGGAAAAAUAAAUGUUUAGUAUUCCUAUUUGGAAGGUCUGAAAAUUGACCCAAUUUAAUAAACAAGCCUACAGUAGCAUUCUAUGAUUCUCAGCUAUCCCACAGUGAUAUACUAUAUUUGAUAAUAGCAUAAGAAGGGCCCACUGUUUGAUGGGAUUUUGAUAUUGUCAAACAUUGAUUUAUAUUAUGUGUAAACUGAUAUUCAAAUUGCAUAACUCUGUAUCUAGAAUUGUAUCUGAAAAUAUUUGCUAAAUGAGUAUUCAGGUAAGUAAGUUCAAAUACCCACAACUUUUCCAAUUAUUAGAGAAAUUUAACAGUUUAUAGUUUGUACAACUGAAUCUAAAAAAAUGAAAAGUUGCCUACUAUACAGUCAUGAAUUCUGCUAUUUUAUUGCAUUUGAAAUAUUUUCCCCUAAUACAAAAAGAAAAAUAUAACAUGGAUUUAUAUAAAAUGUCUUCAGAUCUGAAGUUCACUACCAGAAUAUACAGCAGGCUUUGUUAGAGUAGGAAAUCCUUGUGUGUCAUUUGAAAAAUGAAGAGCUGGUAUGCAAACAGCUGGGUUUUGGUUUGGUUUUGUUUUGAAAUUUUUUAUUUUUAUUUUUUUUUGUUGUUGUAACAGUUAAUUUCUUUUAUUUUCCCAAAGUUUGAAGUCUGUGAUUGUCUAUCCAUGAACACUUGCUUUUGGAACUUUGUAUUUCCUGUUGUUGAGUACAAAUAAGAGACUCAAGAGCCUCAUGAUAUGAUCAACACCCUCUUUUGUCCCUGUCCAUUUGUCACAGUGUUGGCUUAGAUCAAAGCCAGAACUUCCUUGUGAUUUAGACCAAAUCUGGGUGUGUUUCUAACGUGACAGGGAGAAAGGUGGUAGCCUUUAGAACCUUCAGACACUGUAUUUGAACAAAGCCCUUUGGCAGAUGCAAAUAUUUAAUGGAAUACUUAAUUUCUGCUUCUCAGAACACUCAGGCACAUGCUUAGGACCCCUGGAUUUCAGGAGGAUGAAGGAAUGUACUGCUGGGCUUGCUUAAGUGAUUGGAAGCUGGUCAUGGCAGAUUGUCUUCCAAGGCAAGGUUGAGUUGGUAGGAAGAAAAGCUUCAGGAAGAAAUCUCAGUGGCAUUGCCAUACAUACAUGGAGAAUAAGAGAAAUUUUCAGUGACUGGGAGUUAUUUUUUUUAGAUGUUUUUUACUCGACACAAGAGGUGUUUCUGCUCCGGCUCUCACCGAGUCCUGGCUGAGGAUCUUCCUUUCUUCAAGUGCUGUAAUGAUCUGCUCCACUGGACUGGUGAUUUCUAAAGAAUUUGCUUUCUUCUGACUUCUCUGCUUUGUCACUAAUGUGCCAUGUUUGUUAAACAGCACAGUAAAUGAGUAAUGAAAGAUGUAAUUAGGGAGGCUUUGACAUAGCAUGGCUAUCUCAAAGGCUGUUGUCAAAUCCAGUUUGACCCCAAAACACUUUAAAAGACAAACCAUGUACAAGUCCUGCUCCUUUGGAAGCAUUCAGCCUACUGCCCCUACAAAAGAUAGCUUAGAUUACUGGAACUCAGAUUCUGUAUUUUUGGUUUUAAUUGUUUUUGACUUCAAGAGUGCUUCAUCACCCCCACCGUCUCCAUUCAAUAGCAGGUUAUAUUUGUUGGUUUGUUUGGGGUUUUUAUUGGAAACAAGACCUCAGGGUUUGCAAACUUCUGAAAGUUUAUUUUUCAGAAAGAAGCCAUUUUCUAGUUAGCUGCUUUUUUUUUUUUUUUUAAUCCCCCCACCUUACAUGCAGCAGAAAUUCUCUUCUUCAAAAACAUGACCUUGUCUUCAGCUACUUUAUCAGCUCCUGGAGACUGAAUUUGACAGAGUUUACUGUGAAAGGGGAAUAUGGAAUUGUUUCACUGUCAGAUUAGAAACAUAAAAAAAAUAUAGGGAUGUGAAUUCCUAAAACUGAAAGGGCUUCACCAGUGUAAAAGCAUUGCUUAACAUAUGAAACUCAAACCUUUUCUUUCAGUUCAGUGAGAAUUCUGUAGUGGGUGUGAACUGCAGGGAAGUGCUUGUUCUUUUCGUGAUUUAAAAGAAGAGAAAACAAGAAACAAGUAAGGUCCUUUACUUUUUUUUUUCCUGUGUAAGGAAGAUUGCUGGUUUCAGCAAAGCAUCACCAUUCAGGAAAGGUACAUGUUUACAUUCGUUUAAAAAGUCUUUAUAGGGGACCUAACUUCAAGUCCAUGUAGAAUUCCCCCCCUGCCCCCAAUUAAAGUCAUAUUCAUAUGCAAUAGAACUAAUUUGGUUUUUGAAUCAAUGUGAUUCUUCUGCAAAUACAGUUAUUAAAACUUUUAAUUUUUUUCUUCAAUCUAACCCAAAACAGGGUUCUCAGUCCAAUUUUUUCAAUAUUCCUGGAACAGGCAAGGCAGUUUUCUGUUGGUUAUUUUUUUAACUUUGGAAGCACUGCAGUUCAGUAAAUCAAUUCCAAAGUGAUCAGAAUAAGUUUCUGAAUGACUGUUACAAAUAAAUAAUCACGUUGGAAAAUACUCAGAUCAACUCUGGCUCUGCAGGAGGUUUUCCACAUCUGGAUAUUGUGUCACAGUGGAGUCCUGCCAACCUCAGGGGAGCUCCAUACGGAUCCAUGUCAGGCUGCAUUUACCUUCUGGUACCUGAUUUCUGACAGGAAUCUUCUGGAGAGCCCUCCAGCUCUACCUUGCCUGCAUUCCUGGGUCUUCUUCCAGUGGAAACCUGGGUAUGGAUGAAGGGCUUGGCAGGGCAGGAUUUCAUGGUGACCUGGGAUGCAACAACAAAUAUUUUUUUGUUGAUGUUCAAAACGUGGCCAGGAGCCAGAGGUGCAGUGAGGAAUUGCAGUUCCCAGUUCCAAAGUUUGUGCUUCCAAAGUAGCUUUAGGUUUAUGGAUGUUGGAGGGGAAUAGCACACGUGGCUCAAGCCCCAGCUCCUGGUCAGUGACACCCAGAGCCCUGUGUGAGCCAUUCACUGGGGAGCUGAACUCGCUGUGGGUCCCUUCCACCUCAGAGUGUUCUGUGAAAUACAACGUGGAUUUGUUUCUGGAAGAACCAGAAAUCCACCUUCCUGACUUCAGGAACUUUGCAGCCCACAGGAUAAAACAAAGCCUUUCCAAGGGAUGAUAGUUGCACUUAAACAAAAAUCCAGAACACCCAUGUGUUUUAAAAAAUUGGAACACAUGCAUUUAAUUGUAAUUAAAGUUGAUUUAACAUUUUA